CCUUUUUGUCUCUCUGGUUCCAGUUCGCGCUAGUUAGGGUUUCUCGAUCUCGCUCUGUCGAUUUCCAGAUUCGUGUCUCGAGCUCGUUGGUUCAAGAUUCUGCGUUUCAAACGACAAUCUGAACUGAAGAUCAGUUAUUUUUCACAUGGUUGAUGGUUGGCCACCUGAUUGCUGUUGAUGAUUAUGCUGAUUGGGUAUCUUAAGUAGUUAGCAUCGUCGGGAUUAUUCCUGGAAUUGCUUCUGGUAUUAAACCUUGGAAGCACAUACUCUAUCAGAAGACUUCUUGUAUCCAUGCUGGUGGGUAGCAUGCGUGGAAUCUGUGAUUCGGGUAAUGCCCCUGACAAGAAAUUUUGCCGAUGCAUUUGGUCUGUUAACAAUUUGUCUAGUGGCUUUGUUGGUUCUUCUUGGUUUCUGCUGCAUUGCUUACUUGUUUUACUUCCGCAUUCGAGUUCGUAGACAAGAAUUUAUCCAACUAAGUUAUUUUGAUGGCCCUUGGAUAAUCAGGAUCACAUUCAUUUUUUUUGCAAUCUGGUGGGGAUUUGGCGAAAUUGUUCGACUCAGUUUUUUGAGACAAGAGGGAAGAGUGUUGCAUGCCCUCAGUUUGCAAUGGCAGGAAACAGUCUGCAAAUGUUACAUUGUCUCAAAUUUAGGUUUUGCAGAACCUUGCCUCUUCCUCACACUAGUGUUUCUUCUUCGUGCACCCUUACAGAAUAUGGAGAAUGGAAUUCUGAGCGAAAAAUGGAAUGGGAGGACUGUGGGCUAUAUUCUUCUCUACUGUGUUCCUGUUUUUCUCCUUCAACUCAUUGUUAUUUUGAUUGGGCCUCUGCUAAACAAGGGUAAUAGUUCUGUACAUGUAUUGCCUCCAUAUUUCACAAGAGCAAUGCAUCAGACUAAUGAUAUUGCGGUCUGCACUUACCCUUUACUGAAUACUAUCCUUCUUGGCCUUUUUGCCACAGUCUUGACUGUCUACUUAUUUUGGCUUGGAAGGCGGAUUUUGAAAUUGGUUAUCAAUAAGGGUUUGCAGAAGAGAGUUUAUACAUUGAUAUUCUCAGUUUCAAGUUUCCUUCUAUUAAGGGUUCUUUUACUUGGUUUAUCCGUUUUACCCAAGUCAGAUGAUUUUCAAUUUGAAGUUCUUGCAUUCUCAGCAUUUCUUGCCUUGGUAUUCUGUGCUGGGGUCUGCGUUUGCUUGCUUGUAUACUUGCCAAUAGCAGAUUGUCUAGCCCUAGGAAACCCUCAUGACUUGGAGGCUAGGAGAAGGGUUGUGGAUGAAAACAAUGAUACUGUUUCUCUUAUUGCUAACCAGAGCCAUCUUGAAGAAAGCAUUCGGGUAAGCCCUGAGAGGAACUCUGAUGCCUCUAUGAAGCAAGGAUCGAUUUCUUUCCGAGCUUAUGGAAGAGACGGGAGCUCAACUGGGACAUUUGUUGAACUGAGUCUCUUCUCUCCUAGUCGAGAUGUAACCCCACCAGGAUCGCCUCCGCCUUUGGGAUGGCCAAUGCGCUCUCCUGCUCAAGUUCAUGGACCUCAAAAGUAACAGGAGCAAGAAACUGACUUGUGGUGAAUAUCUCAAUUUUGUGAUAAAGAAAACUGAUUGUAAAGAGUUUAGUUUCAAAUAAGGAUUUUUAUUCUUGGUUUGUUUUCUAAUGUUAGAUUCGAAAGUUUUGCAUGGUGAAAUUUACAAUCUGAAAGUCUGACCAUAAUACUCUUCUUGCCAUCAUUUUGCAUUUUUGCCAGCGAGAUGCGUUAGCAUCUUCUAGUUGGACUUGAUUUUGAUUGUU